AUGGCGGACACAAACGCUAACACAACAGAAGAGUUUCAGAGUGUUGAAACAGAUGCUGCUCCGAGUGUGGAAUUCGUAAAUUUAAGUUCCCUUGAUAUAGGCAGUGAAUGCGAAGUUAAGACAGAAUCGAAAGUAGGAAGUACGAAAGUGGGAAGUAAAACUGUUGCUAUACAAGAGGAAGAUGAGAAGGCACACUCUAAUGAUGAUAUAAGCACUACUUCGGCUGAAAAGGAGGUAAAUAGAAACCUAGAAAAGGGUUUAGGAAGUUUGAAUCUUGAGGAGCAAGUGAAACCGGAAGUGGAUGAUGCAGACGAUAAUUUGAAAGAUAAUUUACUCAUUCAGGACAGUGAUGGUGAUACGGCGCUGCAUCUUGCAAUCUUGCUGGAGAGACAAUGUUUGACGUUGGUUAUCAUUGAAGUUUCGGCGGAAUAUGAGAUGCCACUAGACAUACCGAACCACCUUUAUCAGACUCCACUGCACUUAGCUGUAUUGACUGGACAGCAGCAUAAUGUGAGAGCCCUACUUUCGGCAGGUGCGUCACCCUUCCGAAGGGACCAUGAGCUCAGAACACCCAUGUUCGUUGCAUGUGAAAAGAAUGAUAUUCAGACGCUUGAACUAUUUUGCAAGCCCGCAACCUGGAACAUGACUGACCACGAGGCAACAUCCAAACUGCUGGUUCAAAAUAUUAAUCCCCUCAAUUUUCCAGACGCAUGCGGAGAACGGUGUCUCCACCAAGCGGCAAGACACAGUAACACAGAAAUGGCGCAAAUACUAAUAGAAAAUGGAGCCGAUCCAAAUCUCCCAGACCGUAGAACCGGGCGCACACCGCUGCAUCUAGCCGCUGAACUAGGUCACGUAGAAAUGGUCGAGUAUUUGAUCUCGGUGAAAGAAAUAGACAUUAAUCAGAGGACAUACAACGAAGAGACUGCUCUAGAAAUUGCUCACAUGCGCGAAAGAGAGGAAGUUGUUGCUUUGCUCAAACCACACAGCUUCCCAGUGAUGAAAAGGAAGACGAAAAACGAUUUAUCCACAGGGUAG